AUGCCCCUUCCCUAUCGCAUAGCCUUUAACUGGAUCGAGCCAUUCGUAGCCACGUCUGGCGCCCUCCAAGCCUACUUCGCCCCCCAUUCCCUCCAACAAAUCGAAACCCCAAGCAUUCCAUACCACCCCCGCCUCCAACCCCUCUUCACCCAACGCACCGGCCUCUGGCUCCUCCUCGCCUUCAACGACGCCGUCACCCUCCGCGCGACGCGCGACGUGCGCAUCUGGCGCCUCGUCCUUGCCGCAGGGCUGUUUUCAGACAUCUUCUACACGCUGAGCAUCCUGGAGGAGCGGGGCGCGGCGCGGUUCUGGAACCCGGCGGCGUGGGAUGUGAAUGAUUGGACGUGUUUGGCGCUGACGAUUCCGGCGAUGGUGGUGAAGCUAGCGUGCGUUGCUGGAGUGGGGUUGAAGACAUCUAAGCCAUCGAUGAAGGAUUCCUAA